UAAAUUUUUCCCACGGAAAGUUUUCCGCUGUACUUUCAUCACAUAAAACGGUGCCAUUCGGCAUUCAAUCGUAUCCGCGAUAGCAGGUGUCCGCUCGUGCCAACCAUAACCAACGCGGGGGGUGAUCAUAAAUCUGUGAAUUUAUUCCCUACACUACGAACCGGGGGUACAAAAGUUACGACACUGAGGAUGUUUGAAGAAGCAGAUAACUUUGCCGACUUGUUCCGCGGUGGGCUGCCGUACUAUCUGCUGAUAACGCUACCGAUCCUGAUCAUAUGCUCCUCCAAUCCGGUUCUUGCGGCCAGCGAGUUUGGCGUACAGCGGAUGUCACAGUACGACGUUCACGGGGUCCCCUACGGUUGCCGUGCAUCGGCGUUGAAUUUGGAAGCCAAAUCUCUGUACACCUGGCAAACGUCGCGACACUGUGUGCUGACCCGUUUGCAGGAUAUGACCAUCGAUCACUUUCGAGAAAUUCGUGCCAAAGCAGGCGGUCUGGUAGUGCUCCUACCGGAAGAUACAACCGCUCUUAGUUUGGAGGACAAACAGCACAUUCACCUACUUGAGCAGGCGAUGAUGAUGCAGGAUGUUCCGAUACCGGUGUACUUUUCUAAGUUCAAUCCGAAGCUGAAUGUAAUCAUCGAUGAAGUAACGCGUACCGCCGUACGCAGCCAUAAGCAGAACGCACCGAAACGGGAAUCCGCCCUGAGCGAAAUGUUCGGUUCGAUAUCGGCCAACGGCUACCAGGUCGUCGUAUCCGGUGCAUCCCAUGCCAUCAACAAGCAAUCGAAGAUACCGAUCAUUCAAGGCGAACUGGCCCCGACCAAGCCGAGCAAAACGCUCGAUGGUGAAGGCAAGCUGCCAUUAAUCAUCGUGACCGCCCAUCUCGACACGUUCGGGCUUACCAAUACACGACAAAGUAACGCGGAUGUGGCCGUCCUGCUGACGCUGGUGGAGCUCUUCAGCAAACUGCACGCCACCAUCCCCAAAUAUCGGCUCAUGUUUCUCGUUUCGGAAUCCGGUGUGCUGCUCAACUUCCAAGGCAUGAAGAAAUGGCUCGACUCGAACCUGGACGAGAACGUGCAAAUACAGCAUGCUGAGUUCGUCAUUUGUCUUGACACGAUCGGCAAACUGCUGGCGAAUGAUAACAUCUACAUGCACGUUUCCAAGCCCCCGAAAGAGGGUACCUCGAUGAACAGUUUCUACAAGACGCUACGAACGGUUGCCCAGCGCUAUGGAAAUGUGACCGUGGAAGGAGUGCACAAAAAGAUCAACCUUGCAGACACUCUACUGGCCUGGGAACACGAGCGAUUCAGCAUGAAACGCAUGCCGGCAUUCACGAUUUCCAACGUAAAGAGCCACAAAGAUCCGCUUCGGAACACAAUCUUCGAAGACGAUACGACCGAGGAGCAGCUGGAGGCGCUGGAACGUAACGUGAAGAUCAUCGCGGAAGCGCUGGCCAGCCACAUCUACAACGUACCUGCUGACGAUGGUUCCGCCGGGGAGAUAUUCACCGGGUCGAUGGCCAUCACCCGGGAACACAUUUUGCCUUGGUUGCACAUCCGUUCGACGCAUCAGAACAACGAUCUCAAAUACGCUUUCGAAAAGUACCUCCGGAAUGUGAAGUUAACCUACGAAAAACCGGACGCCCGCGAACCAGAUUUUAUGCUGUACGAUGACCGCGACGCGCUACUCAACAUCUACAACGUCAAGCCGGCUAUCUUUGACCUUUUCCUGACGUUCAUGAUUUGCCUGUAUCUGACGUCGAUCUACUUUGCGAUCUUCCACUUUCACAAGCUGUACGGUUUCGUGUGUCGCAUGACGGUAGUGAAAACCAAAGUGAACUGAGCCGGACAGACAGUUAUAUCAAUCAUCUGUAGGUGCGGGUAGUUUAGCUUAAAGAAUAUGUUUUUAUUUUCCUUGUGUUGCAUUAGGCGUUCAUGUUCGGAACCAUCUUUGAGACUAUAGCGGAAAGUUCUUCACACCAAUGCAAUACACACAUCAUUCAUCGAGACGGAUAUCGGUUCCAUUUUGUAGCGUUGUGCAAAACCUUUCCCAAAUGUUACACGGUGCAACACCUAGUCCCCUUCUCCCCUAGCCAAGUUGUUGUGUGGUCCAGUUUUCUCAUUUGGUUUUCCACAUUUUCACAGUUAGCAUUACUCUCUCAUCUCCUUUGUUCUAUUUAUUAGCUCCGUUCGAACGUGUCUCGACGGCUUCUAAAGGAAAUUCGCUUUUCUCUCAGCGUAUCGACGAGUGCAAACGAACCGAACAAAACCAAAUAAAACGAAUUUGCCAAUCGAAGCUGGGUCGACGACGAUUUGUGCAAAGUAAA